AUGUCGGAAAGUGUAAGCGGAAAAGAGUUUCAGCUGGACAAUUUAAGCGGUCUGUACUUAAGCUUUCAGAAAACAGAGUCCAAAGGAGAACAAGAAGAGAAUGCGAAUGAGCUGGCGCCGGUGGAAGAGCCGGAGAUCGGGCCGAUUACGCCGUGCGAAGUGUGCGCUGAUAGCCAAGAUGUGAGUGUUUGUAGCCUGCGCUCGGGCAUUCGUAACUCUGAUAAUCACCCGGCAAACACGUGUUUAAGUAGAAAAACUGCAAAAUGCGCUGAUAGCCUCUGAAAUGUCAUUUGCAGGUGCGAAUCGUGCUUCGUCAAUGCGGCCAUGUCAUCUGUCUUCCGUGCGUUCUGGAGCACAUCAAAGUGAGAUCAAACCCAUCCCUCAUGGAUCAUUUUCAACCUUCAGAACCGGAUAAUAAUCGACGGACACCCGAGAUUCAAGUGCCAACUGGCGACGUGCAACGAAGUGAUCCAUGAGAACGACAUAAACGCGUUGCUCGACGAGAAAGAGCCGGCUCUCGAGCAGUACAUGCCAAUCGCCCACCGAAGAUAUCUGCAGUACAAGCAGAGCAAGCACUCGGUGAUGGCGGCUCUGCCGUCCGGCGACGUCAAGAGAUGUCCGUUGUGCCGGGCAUUGUACGUUCACGAGCAGGGCUGCAACUACGUGAUUUGUGCUAACUCGGCUUGCGAUACGGCGUUCUGUUGGCAGUGUGAGAAGCCUAUCGGAAGACCCUGCACUCACUUCACCACGGGCAAGUUAUUUGGAAUCUACUCUUCCUGCUUGACUGAUUGUUCCCCCUUCCAGCCUCAAAAUGCCGCCUCGGAUACACGGACUACGAGCGCCUUCUCCGUUCCGUCCAACUCGUCCUCGACGUCAACUUUGUCACCCUCUGGCUCUUCUUCCCCUUCGUCUACCUCAUCGCUCUCAUCUACAUCCCAGUUCUCAUCCUCUUCCUCGUGCCCAUCAGUUUGGCCUAUGGGACGUAUCAGAAAGAGAAGGAGAGCCGUGACUUUCUGGUGCCAGUUGACAUUGCCACGAUCGCAGUUCGAGUCAUCAUUGGGAUUCUGAUCGGAAUCGUUGCGAGCAUCCCUCUGGCGAUCGGAUCGAUUAUUUCCGGACUCGCACUCAUCGUUUUCUAUCUCGGAUUUGUCGUGAUUCGCAGCAUUCCGUGUGGGCUUUCCGGUGAUCGCGUUAGUUCACUGCUUUGUCUGAUGAGAUGGAUGGGACGCCUUUUCAAGUAAGCUUCUUUUUCUGACACAGAAACAGAAACUUUGUUAGGAUCGGACCCUAUGCAACACUUCUGAACGAAGCGCGAAAAGAGCGACAGGACGCGAUGCUCAAGUUGGAAGAGAAUCAAGACGAUUUCGAGAAUGCGAUCAGUAUGGAAUCUGCAACUUACUAUUAGUACUAUUGUGGUUUUCAGGUGAACAAACUGUGACAUCGAAGAAAUCGGGAUUCGAUGGGUCCAAUGGGAACUUGCAGUCGACCGUAGAAACCACGAAGAUUGAGACAACGAGCUCCACUAAUAAAGCAUAAUAGCAUGAACAUUUUGAUCAGAAAUCGGAAGGCGGAAGCUGCUUCACAAUUUCAGCGCAAUAUUGUCGUCUUACCUGAAGUAAACAAAAAUGAACCACUUUGACACCCGUUUUACCCCCUUCUCGUUUACACUCUCCGACCGACGGCUGUAAUUGUUCCUGAUUAGUUCACUCAAAGAAACCCUUUAUUCUUACUCAUUAUCUCUUUUCUGUUCUUUCUCUCUUUUUUCUGUUUUCAUUCACAACGCGCGCCCCGCAACGCUGUAAUAUUUAGUCAGUUUUUGGAAAAUAGGCGGAAAGAGUGAGAGACGCGGACGAGUGGGCAAUCGGUAUAAAAGUCGAGGUGGAAGCCUUGAAUUCACUUGGCUUCUGAAGUCCAGUGACAGGUAAGGCUUCCACUUCGCUUUUCUCACUGAAACGUAGCUGCAAUUCAGAGUCAUGUCUGAGAAUCCAAAGCAGAUCGCGCAGGAGACCGAGUCUCUCCGCAAGGUGGCAUUCUUUGGAAUCGCCGUCUCGACGAUCGCCACCCUGACCGCGAUCAUCGCCGUCCCGAUGCUCUACAACUACAUGCAGCACGUGCAGUCCUCCCUCCAGACCGAGGUCGAGUUCUGCCAGCACAGAUCCAACGGACUCUGGGACGAGUACAAGAGAGUGAGUUACACUAUCGAGAAGAUUAUGUCAUCUGAAUAUUUGUGUUUCAGUUCCAAGGAGUGUCUGGAGUCGAGGGACGCAUCAAGAGAGAGGCCUACCACCGUCGCCUCGGAGUCUCGGGAGCCACCCGCAAAUCCCGCCGUCAGUCUUACGGAGCUGAUGCCGCCGUCGGAGGAUUCGGAGGAUCUGCCGGAGGAUCGUGCUGCUCGUGCGGAGUCGGAGUUGCUGGACCACCAGGCGCCCCAGGAACUGACGGAGCCCCAGGAAACGACGGAGCUGCUGGAGCCCCAGGAAACCCAGGACAGGAUGCCGCCGAGGACGACGUCGCCGGACCAGACAGCUUCUGCUUCGAUUGCCCAGCAGGACCACCAGGACCAUCCGGAGCCCCAGGACAAAAGGGACCAUCGGGAGCCCCAGGAGCUCCAGGACAAUCCGGAGGAGCUGCUCUUCCAGGACCACCAGGACCAGCUGGACCACCAGGACCACCAGGACAGCCAGGAUCCAACGGAAACGCCGGAGCCCCAGGAGCUGCAGGACAAGUCGUCGAUGUGCCAGGAACCCCAGGACCAGCCGGACCACCAGGACCAGCCGGACCAGCUGGAGCCCCAGGAACCCCAGGACAGGCCGGAAGCUCGCAGCCAGGAGGCCCGGGACCACAGGGAGAUGCUGGAGCACCAGGAGCCCCAGGAGCCCCAGGACAGGCUGGACACCCAGGAGAGGACGGAGCUUCCGGAGCCGAGGGAGCUUGCGACCACUGCCCACCACCACGCACCGCCCCAGGAUAUUAG